UAAGCAAAAAGAGUGGAUAUGGACCGUCAAUCUAAGAAUAGGUUUAAACGAAGCAAAUGAAACUGCAACUAAGUGUUUUCAUCUCAGCUUGCAUGUUACACAACACUGAUCAAGCCCAUUUUCUCCUAACCCUUGAUGACGUAUUUCCUUCAUUCGAGGCAGGCCGCAUACUAAAAUAAACACGGAAUGUCAAUUGUUUUGAGUACCUACACCUCCUCACGUUAAUUUCGCGACGGCAAAAUUUAGCCAAGCUCAACUUUGGUCCAAUAUUAUUUAGCAAUUUUGGAAAAAAUCGUCCAAUUUGCUACAUGAACUUGUCGCCAAAUUUUAUGCAAAACGUUGUUAAAUGAUUCAAAUUGCUGUACGUGACCAAACUUGUGCAUAAUUGACAAGUCAGUACUUCAAACGUCAAAAUAUAAUUUAAUACGCACGUGCGCUUCAAACAGAUUACAUUAAAACACAGACGGUCGCAGGAAAGUUGCUUAGUUCUCGAGCGAGGGGUACGGUAAUAAAACGCGAUGACGAAGCGAUCCCGUCCUGCGAAAAAAGAUCGCACUUACGAUACCGAAGGAUAUACCAAGCGAGCGGGUUGUUUAUGUUUCAAGACAGACCGCGAAGAGGAGGUUUUGUUGAUAACAAGCAACCGCUCUCCUGAUCAAUGGAUUGUCCCAGCUGGCGGAGUAGAGGUUGGAGAAGACAACCAGGAUGCAGCUAACAGGGAGAUAUUAGAGGAAGCUGGGGUGUGUGGAAACAUUGUUCGUUCUCUUGGAAUGUUUCAGAACGACUCAAGUAAUACAAGAACAAUGAUGUACGUUUUACAUGUUAACAAAGUCCAUGAAAUGUGGCAAGAUGCAGCCAGAGGUCGAAGAAGAAGAUGGUUUUCAAUCGAUGAAGCCUGGGUGCGACUCUCUCACAGGCCUUCCCAGCAAUCUUACCUGUGUGAUGUCAUGAAGUCAAAAUGGAAAACGGAGCGAUUUAACACAAGUUUUGCAGUGUUUGUUGACUCACAGAGCAAAAUAACAAAAGAUCUUGGAAAAAAUUCCUACAAAUCCUUUUAAGUUGAGGAAUUAUGAACAAUUUAAAUAUAUGAUUUUGUACAAAUGUAAAUAAUAUGAUUGUGGUAUUGUAUAAUUUUUUCCACGAAAUGACGUGAACUUUUAAGCCACAUACUUUCACGGAUUCCGGGAAAAUAUAGACAAAUGUAUGGAAAAUUAAAAACGUGACUGGAUGCUUCUUAGCACAGCUACGUUCUUCAAAUUUGGUCAAUACAAUGUCUGCAAGUCUCUUAGCUUUGUUUGCUGUUGAUAAAUUUAUCAUAAUUAGAUUUUUAAGAAAAUUAUUUGCCAUCCACGGUUCUCAGGAUACAGAUACUGUAAUUUCUGAUGCAUGUUGCAUUUUAUUGUAUUUAUAUUGUAUUGUUCACUGAAAAACCCAUUUUUCAGGGAGUGUACAAUAAAGUUUCAUUCAAUUUUUUUUUUAAUUUUAAACUGUCAACUCAUUCUGAUUGCUUCCAAAACCAUGAAAAGGUCUAUUAAAUAAGGAUUUUUAUAAUUUUUUGUUCUGAUGUAAAUAUUACACAUACCCAAUCAAAUAAAGAACAGAUAAACAAAGCUCAGAUAUCAAAAUUAUAAAAAACAAAAUAUAAGUUGAAAUGUUCUUAAUUUACGAACACUUCAGUCAGUAACCAAGGUAUAUUUGAAACCGGUAAAAAACAUUCAUUGUUAUAUCUAAAAUUUUAUACUUUAUUGAGUAUUAUUUAUCAAUUUAAGGGGCUGAUUGUAACAUUUGUUUCUCGUAAACCAGAAUUGCCCUGUUGGAAAAUACAAAUUAAAAAUUAAUUAACGAAACUGUAACAUGCAGAAGAAAAUUUGGACAGGAAGGAUAUGGUAAAAAGAUGCAUAAUAAUUGUAAUUUUGUAUUCUUAAUGUCGUGUGCAAAAAUGUUUCGUUAAACAGCACAAUGAACUCACAUGAACAAGGGAAAAA